CGAAACGCACGUGAGAAUUCCAAGUGCAGCGAGAUUUUCUUGAUUUUCUUCAAAAAAAUGGGGAAAAACAAAAGGAAAAAGAAACAGAGGGAGGAGGAUUUCAAAAAGGUUAAGCUCAAGGUCGGCAAGAAGCUACCCAAAGGGGCUAAUGAGACGCAGACGUCUUUCAAAUCGCAAGGGAUCGUUAUUCCAUCACAAGACCUGACCAAGGAAGGCCAGCUUACUAACACUAGAAAACAGGGUCUGAAGGAUUUGAUUCCUCACCUAAGCCACUACAGUCCAACAGUCAGACAAGAAGCCCUUCUUGGAUUAAGAAGCCUUUUUCAACAACACAUUCACAUUUUUCAAGAAAAUCUAAGUUUAAUCCUAGGUCCUAUUGCUGCAAAAAUGACAGAUACAGACUCAGAUGUGCGUCAUUCACUUUUGCUACUGUUACGUUAUAUUCUUCCUCAUCUCCCAUGCGAUCAAGCAGCUCCCUUCCUUCCACUUCUUGUAGCACACCUGAGCUGUGCAAUGUCACAUAUCUAUGAGGAUAUUCAGCUUGAAUCACUUGAGUUUUUCUCUCUUUUCCUGAAGCUGUUCCCAAAACAAAUUUCAGCAAAUUCAAGCCAACUUCUUGAUAACUUUAUUGGUUUAAUUUCACAACAUAGUGGAGGAACCCUUAACCAAAAGAGUUCAAAAGGCAGCACUAAAAUUGCUGUAAAUCCAAAAGGUAAACUGUCCUCACCAAAGGCAAGACUUAAAAUUUUGACUCAAUUAUAUGAAUUUUUGAAGGCACUUAAUGCUGAAAUUAUAGCCCAAACUCAGACAGAAUUUACAAUGGAGUCUGUCUCAAGUAGUCAGUGUUUAAGAUUUAGCCAAACAAAGUUGACUUAUAGGUCACUACUUUAUGAAAAUGAAAAAGGAUCCAAGAUUUUUACAUUUUCUUUUGGAGACCAGAAGAUUUCUCUGGAAAAUAUUGGGCAAAAUAAUAAAGACAACAGAGAAAUGAGUGGUAAUUCUGAUGUUAAAGAGUUCAUGCAAAAGAUUGUUCCACUUCUUCUGGAGUUUUGGGUUGAAUGUAAUCCUUCGCAGCUAUCAACGUCACUCCCUGAUAAUGCGCUACCAGCUGUCAACCUGUCAAUCAUGUUGACUGUCAUGAACAUUUUGAAGAUUCUUCUUCACAAGUUGUUCAAGAUGGAAGGAGAUGGUGACUCAGAUACGCUAAGGAAUUGGCUUGUAUCACAAUACUUCAAAGAAUUCAACACGCAUUUCAUGAAGCUGUUUCCUUUCCAGGAUUCUCUUCAUUCAAAGGCCAAAGGCAAAGCUAAAUUACCUGAAGCAAAUUCUGAGAAUUCAACCUUGAAUUUAAACAUUUCUGUCUGUGAAGUGAUGUCUUAUUUCAUUUACACUUCAUCAGUGUCUGGUAAACAAGCAAGUGAAAACAUGAUGGAGCAACUGGAGGAUUUUGUGGUUCAGUCUCUAGAGCAAACCUUUAGAGAUAAAGUUAGUCUUGAUCAACUCAAAGGCUUUUUGGUUUAUGUAGAGAAGGUAUUGCAAGGAGCAGAUAAUCAAGAGGAAAGUAACUCAGCUGCGAGGAUCUUGGGUGCUUUGUACAAGUUGUACAAGUCAAGUCACUUAUUAUCUGGUGUAAAGAACAUGUUGCUGAAGUUUUUUGGCACUUUGAUAAGAAGGCAAGAGCCUGUCAUCGGCACACAAGAAGAUAUGGGUUGGCAGCGUCCAUUAAAACAAUGGCUGUGCACCCUUCCCAAACUGCUGGUACAACUGAGAACAUCAAGCCCAGAGAUGACAUACACAGUGCUCAAAGUAUUGUCCAGGCAGAUGAAGCAAAAUGCAGGUGACAUUGAUCAGAAAGACCUGCACAAGCAACUCAACAGUUUUCUAGAUCCUACGUCUGGUCCAUUUUGUAAACUCAGCAAAGAGAUUCAAAACACCACAGCUGAGCUUCUCUUCACCCUCCCUGUUAUCGACAACUGUCUUCUACAGACACUAUCACUGUGUUGUCACCAGCAUGAUGUUCCUGUAGAUGUCAUAAAAUACUUGAUCCAAGUCCUGCACUACAAAUCUCCUGCAAGCUGUGGAUUUCUUGGCUUGACAUCAGCAUUUACUUUGUCUUCCUAUCUCAGUUUUCUCUUCAGUGUUGCAAUAGGCUAUACCAAGGAACAUCUUCACAACUUCAAUGAUGAAGAGACAGCUUUGUUGUCAUACAACAUAGUUGAAGAUACGGACAUAAUAAAGCAUUGGACCAGACAUCAAGAUAUCUUACAGGCUGUUUGUAGCACAUAUACUCAACUGCAGAACGCUGAUCAUCUUCUACAUCUCAUGGAACCUGUCUUGAAGAUGACGCUGGAUGAAACAAGAAUUCUGCCUUUGACAGUGGCGGAUAGUUUGUUGCAGCUAUGUUCAUGCUACACUCUGUUAUCCCUUAAGCCCAACAUUUUGGCAAAUGAUUAUCAACAUCCAAGCAUAUCAUCUUGUUUAAUAUCAAGUCUGGCAAGACUUUCCAUUACAUGUAUGCUUUACACCACAAAGACUGAUGAUACAAUGGAAUCCAACCUGGUUGUAAAGAAUUGUUUAUUCAGUAAUGUUAUGCAGCUGUUGGUGGCACAGCCUUCUAUUCUAGAGAAGAUACUUGAUGAUUUACUAUCUAAAACACCAG